UGUUCAUUUUGGUGUUUGACAAUGGUUGAUGUGGUAGGUGCCUGACACUUUAUUUGAUAUUAAAACCGAUUUUGUUCGCCAAAGAAUCAAUUUAAUUGUUUGCAAAAUCAAACACGUGACAACAAAAUGCUACGUAGCUUUGAAUAGUCAAUCGAUCGAAUAUAAUAUGGCCUCGUCAUCGAAUGGAAAUGGUAAUCUCGUCGAUGAAUUCGAGGAGUCAUUUCAGGCGUGCAUUCAUGCCCUCACAAAACAAGAAUCAGCAACCGGCAUCGACAAAGAUGAAAUCAACUUGGAAGUCGAUCAAACUACCAUCAAAUUCGUCGAUUUAGCCCGGCAAAUGGAAGCGUUUUUCAUACAGAAACGUUUCCUGUUGUCGGCACUCAAACCGGAAUUGGUGUUAAAAGAGGAAAAUUUCGAUUUGAAAUACGAAAUGACACGAAAGGAUGACCUGAUCAAGCGCCACUACGAGAAAAUCGAACAGUGGAAAAAUCUACUAACGGACCUUCAGCAACAGGGUGGAGCACCAUCGGAAAGGAAUGCUGCUAACGCUGUCGGUCCGAAUAAUCAACCAUCCCAGCCAGGACAAAUGCCGAUUGCCGGCAUGCCGAACCAUAUGGUGAUGCAAGCACAACAGCAACAACAAAUGCAACAACAGAUGAUGCAAGCGCAACAAAUGAACAUGCAACAACAUCUUCAGGUUGGAAACCAACAAAUGUUCAUGCAACAAGGCAAUCAAAUGGCAAAUCGCGGAGGAUUUAAUCAGGCUCAAAAUGUGCUGCAAGGUCCGUUAGCUUAUUUGGAAAAAACCACCAGCAAUAUAGAUCUUGUAGGCAUGGGCGAUGGCCGAAGGUGACGAGGGCGGGGCAGGGGGCGAGGCAGAGGCCGUGGUCGUGGCCGUGGUCGAGGAAGAGGCAACGCUCCCGAGUUUCAUGGUGCGCCGUUAUCCUAGUACGAGGAGGAUAUGGACAUUUAGUGAAAAGCAUAAAUGUUCAUAUCGUUCUAAUGAAAUUACUUCGACAAUUAUAAUCAACAUAAUCGAAACGUACAAGUGGAUGCAUUUGAGAAUGCUUUGAAUGUGUUCUUGUGUGCAUUGUGUUGUGUUAUUCUGUAGCCGUAAUAAUAGUUAGUCUCCAAGUUUAGAAUUUGAGAAAUUUAAUUCUUUUUUUUAGAUUUUUUUUAAAAUAUUUGAAACAAAAAG